AUGAAGACCUCCGUCGCUACCUUUGUUUUGGCCCUCUCGGUCUCUGCCAUGGCUGCUCCGUUCAACUCUAACGGCACCUCGGUUUAUGCCUCUAGCUCGGGACUUCCCACUCCUUCGCGCACCCCCCGCGGUAUCCCGAGCGGUACCCCGAGCGGUACCCUGAGCAGCAUUGCCAGCGCAACCCCGAGUGACCCUCCUCUGCCAAACCCAUUCGCUUCUUCCUCCGCCAGCCUUCCUCCCUCAUCCACCCCUUAUGGUUCGGAGCCGGCCUCCGUGAUCGCGAAGCGAGGCGAGGAUCUGUCCAUCCCCACCAAUCUUCCUUCCCUUGUUUCCGACGCCCAAUCCAUCGCAGCUGCGCUCGCCUCUUCUGGUGCCCAGAAGCGCGAUGGCUCCCUUUCUAUUCCCACCGACCUGCCUUCUCUGGUUGGCGAUGCUCAGUCCGUGGCUGCUGCCCUUGCCUCUGCUGGAGGCCAGAAGCGCGAUCUUCCUGUCCCCUACUAG